GGCUCUCAUUGACUAACUUCUAUAGAGAGCACUAUCACUUUAUGUGACCGAGUCUCCUUCAUAUUUGUUAAAAACAGCUAAACCCCACAGUCAAAGACGCAUAAAGUAGCCACAGAAUGACGGGAACGAAGGUACGCUACCCUCCGCAGAAUUCGAGAACUGCACCCGGAGAGAUUUCGUAUGGAGUGAGUUGGGCCCCAGGACGCCCCAGCCACCCUGAUACACCACCCAACAUCUAUGAGGGAGGGCUGGGGGCCCAGCAGCAGCAAGGCCCUGGUGCCCAGGCAAGCAAGCCCAAGAACUUCCGAUUGCGUCACCUCCGGAGCUUGGCUCUCUACCUGCCAGGCCACAUGCAGCCUGCUGGUCAAUGUGGAAGCCACUGGCUAGGCCGGCUCAUGGCUGGGGGCAGCCUGCCACGGCCUGAAGGCUCGGCCUGGCCCCUGUCUCUGCCACAGGGGACCCUGGGUCCAGGUAACAGCCAUUGCUCAACCCUUCUGGAAGCCCAACUGCCCAGGGACAACCUGGGAAAUACAGCUUCCAGUUCCAGCAUGGACCCAGCCAAGGGUGUCCCCUCCCAGUCUGGUCCCCCUGAGGGCUUGGGACUCAGGCCCAAGAGGUCCUGGAGAGCCUUGGAGGAGACCAUGUGUCCCUUGUGCAAGAGAACCCGCUCUGGGGCCUUGGAGAGGACAUAAGGAUCCAAAGUGCCAGGGCUGGGGACAUUAAGGGAAGGAUGGCCGAGGAGGAGGCGGAGGCCAGGUUUCCUGAGGAAGGGUGCAGUCCCAGCAGCUAUCCUCCCACUGAGAUGGCCCCCACAGCUGCCCAGCAUCAGACCUGGGCUAGUCUGGGCAAAGUAUGAGGGAGGGAGGAGGAAGUCCCUUGAGAGGGACAGAAGAAAUGGAAGCAUGCCCAUGCCCUUGCAGCCUGCCCAAACUCCAGUCAGCCACGUGUAGCUGGGAGGCCAGGCUGAGCAGAGAAUCUGGUUCCUGAGAGCCAGGGAGUCCUCAGGUCUUCCCUCAGUAAAAAGCCAAGGCCUGCA